GACCAUAGGGUGUUGGAUCUCCGGAGCUACAGCUACAGACUGUUGUGAGCUGCAUGCGGGUCCUGGGUACUGAAACUGGGACCUCUGUAAGAGCAGCCAGUGCUCUUAACCUCUGAGCCAUCUCUCCAGCCACAUCUUGUAUCCUUGCAGUAGACAUGUUUUAGUGUGACCAGGAAAGCUGCGCCAGCUCAGUGAAGCCCCUUUGUUGCCUUUACCAGGCUACUCUGGGGAGAGGGCUGGUGGCUCCUGCAAAGAGAAAGGCACAGCUCAGCAGGCAGAGUGGGGCAACUGCGAUUUUAAGGCAGCGUGCUUCCAGUGUUGUCUGGAUGUCUGAGGCCAAGGCUUGGCCUAAACAGUGUCAACCCUGAAACAGUAGCCAACUUGAAGUGAUGAUCCUCCUGCCUCUGCCUCCUGAAUGCUGGAUUACCACCAUCCUGGCAUGUUUUUUAAGUUACCACUGCCACAUCUACCCGUAUCCAAACACGGCUGAGGAGCGCAGGGAGAUUCAGGAGGGGCUCAAUACUCGGAUCCAAGAUCUUUACACUGUGCUGCACAAAACAGAGGAUUACCUGAGGCAGGUGCUGUGCAAGGCCGCUGAGUCGGUGUGCAGCCGUGUGGUGCAGGUGAGGAAGAUGAAAGCCAUCUACCAUAUGCUCAACAUGUGCAGCUUUGAUGUCACCAACAAGUGUCUCAUAGCAGAGGUCUGGUGCCCCGAGGUGGACCUGCCGGGUUUGCGCAGAGCACUGGAGGAAGGCUCGAGAGAGAGUGGAGCUACAAUCCCCUCGUUCAUGAACACAAUCCCUACGAAAGAAACACCGCCUACUCUGAUCCGCACCAACAAAUUCACCGAGGGCUUCCAGAACAUCGUGGAUGCUUAUGGUGUCGGAAGCUACAGAGAAGUGAACCCAGCUCUCUUCACCAUCAUCACCUUCCCGUUCCUGUUCGCUGUGAUGUUUGGUGACUUUGGGCACGGCUUUGUCAUGUUCCUGUUUGCCCUCUUACUGGUGUUAAAUGAGAAUCACCCCAAGCUAAGCCAGUCACAGGAGAUCCUGAGGAUGUUCUUUAAUGGCCGCUACAUCCUGCUGCUGAUGGGGCUGUUCUCGGUGUACACCGGCCUUAUCUACAACGACUGCUUCUCCAAGUCUGUGAACAUCUUUGGCUCUGGGUGGAACGUGUCUGCCAUGUACAGCUCCAGCCACUCUGAAGAGGAACAUAAGAUGGUGCUUUGGAAUGACAGUACCAUCAGGCACAGUAGGACUUUGCAGCUGGACCCGAACAUCCCUGGAGUUUUCCGAGGCCCCUACCCUUUUGGCAUUGACCCUAUUUGGAACCUAGCCACAAACCGCCUCACCUUCCUCAAUUCCUUCAAGAUGAAAAUGUCUGUGAUUUUAGGAAUUAUUCACAUGACUUUUGGUGUCACUCUGGGAAUAUUUAACCACUUGCAUUUUAGGAAGAAGUUCAACAUCUACCUGGUGUCCGUCCCUGAGAUCCUGUUCAUGCUCUGCAUCUUUGGGUACCUGAUCUUCAUGAUCAUCUACAAGUGGCUAGCAUACUCGGCAGAGACCUCUAGAGAGGCCCCCAGCAUCCUGAUUGAGUUCAUUAACAUGUUCCUGUUCCCAUCCAGCGAGACACAUGGCCUUUACCCAGGGCAGGCACAUGUCCAGAGAGUGUUGCUGGCCCUCACCGUGCUGUCAGUCCCUGUGCUCUUCUUAGGAAAGCCACUCUUCCUGCUGUGGCUGCACAAUGGGCGCAGUUGCUUUGGCAUGAGCCGGAGCGGUUACACACUUGUAAGGAAGGACAGUGAGGAAGAGGUUUCUUUGCUGGGCAGCCAGGACAUAGAAGAGGGGAGCAACCGCAUGGAAGAAGGCUGCCGGGAAGUGACAUGUGAGGAGUUUAACUUUGGGGAGAUCCUGAUGACGCAGACCAUCCAUUCCAUCGAGUAUUGCCUGGGCUGCAUCUCCAACACCGCAUCCUACCUGAGGCUUUGGGCCCUCAGCCUGGCACAUGCACAGCUGUCUGAUGUACUGUGGGCCAUGCUGAUGCGUGUGGGCCUGCGUGUGGACACCACCUACGGGGUCUUGCUGCUGCUACCUGUCAUGGCUUUCUUUGCAGUUUUGACUAUUUUUAUCCUUCUGGUCAUGGAAGGACUUUCUGCAUUUCUCCAUGCCAUACGCCUUCACUGGGUUGAAUUUCAGAACAAAUUCUACGUUGGUGCAGGCACCAAAUUUGUUCCUUUCUCCUUCAGUCUGCUCUCCUCCAAGUUCAGUAAUGAUGACAACAUAGCAUGAUCCACAUUGCUGCAGCCAUCCGGCUUAGAGAUUUAUGGAGAACUAUCAUGUUACAGAAUUCACUCAAGUCAGAUUUCUGACAGGAAUAUUCCACCCUUGUUGAUUGCCUUAUGAUUCAGCCAAAUGAUUCUGUAAGAUACGCCUCUCCUCAUGUUGAAGAUUUUGUAAAGCUCACCACUUCGGACACAGAAAUUUCAUUGGUUUUUAUUAUGAGCAAAUAUAAAUUAUGCCAACGUUACAUUAAAGUUAUUUUUUAAAGUGUAAGAUUAGAGGAGAAAAACCAGUUGGAUGGCUAGCUAAAAUGUUUUAGAUACUUGAUUCCCUUUCAACUUUAAAAAAAAAAAAACAAAAAAUACACAAAGUUAUUCCAUCACGAGAAGAUGCCAGAUAAUAUUUUCCAACAGCUCAAGCUAGACAUAGUUUUUUUCAGACAUUACUGCUGGGUCAUCAGUAGAUCCCUGCUCACCCUGCUGGCUCAGGAAUGUGUGCUUGUUCUCCCAGAAUGCUGUCAAUCACCAGGAGGGGCAGCGCCACAGCCCAGUCUUGUUCUAAUAAUUGAAGGAAAUGGGACAAUAUAACACAACAGAUGGCUCUCCCGCUUGUAUAUUUUUAUAAGAUUCUUGUUCUGUCACUCUUAUGUUAGACCAGUCGUGACAGUUGUACAUUUGGAAAGAUGACUAUGUGACAGUCCUGAGCCUUAAAACCUGGUGCAGCUGCAGGGAAGACAGGAGGAAGUGGUGUGUAUUUUUAUAGCAAAGAACAAAUGAAGAUAUUUUACCAUAGAGACCUUGCUUCUACUUGGAACAGUAUAAUUUUUUACUUUCACACUAAUUCUAAAUAAAGGUCUGAUGGCCACAAUUUAAUUUCCAAAAACUGUUCAGGUCAGUUGAAAACUAAUUUUCAUUAAUUUGUUAAUUUAUUAUCUCAAGUAUAAAAAUCACCUGUUCUUGUGUUGCUUAGCUUUGCAUGAAGUUGAAUUAGUCCUGUUGAACACAUUGAUCUAUGUCAUAUUCUUAUAAAUUAUGUUCAUUUUCACAUUUUACAUUAAGUGAUUUUAGAUUAAGUAUUUCAAAAAGAAACCUGAGGCUUGGGUGUUGCUUGGUUGUUAGAUCCUCAGAACCAUCUCUCCCAGGUGUGGUGACACCUGCCUCAAAUUCCUAGAACUCAGAAGGUGGAGGCAGGGGAUCACAAGUUCAAGUCUUCUCUUGGCUAUGUGGCAAGUUUGAGGCCAGCAUGGGCAAUGUGACACCCUAAAGAGAAAAAGGAAUCUAACAUAUUUCUGCCCUCCUGUAAUUUUGAGUCACAUGCUACUGCAGAGGCCUGUUGGUCCCCCUGCCCCUCCACUCUGUGUGGAACUGUGUGGUAGAGUGGGGCUCCUUGAUUAAAAAUCAAGCCUCUGGCAGUCGGCGUAGCUUUCCAAGUCCUUUAAGGCCUGUUUCCCGAGACUGGUGAACUGCCUGUGCCUGUGCUGGACUGUAGGUCCCUUCUCUCUAGCUGAAGCAGAGACUGCCCUGGUGGGCAGUGAACUCCAGUGUUUGUGCCCUGUGUGCCAGCUGGGGGUGAGGUGGUACUGCCCAGUGUUAGGCAUGCUCUUAUCUAGUGUCACCCCAUGCUAUCACUCUCAUUACUAUUCCCCCAAGGUCUUUGGUUCUCACAGAGAUAACUAAUUCCAGGGACAAGAACCAGACUCGAAGUGCGGUUUUGGCCAUGUUCACUGUUGGCAGUUAUUAUGGAGCUACUUUUCCUUUCUAACUAGCACCUCUUACUAGGGUACAGAUCGAAGAAUGAGGGUGACUUGUCAGCUGAAGUCUGUCACAGUUAUGUAAUUACAUAAACAUAAAUCACUCCUUUGUGGACCCUCUGGAAAUAUAAUUGAUAGCAUCACACAGAAGGUGUGGUGUCAUGUUCAUCUUCCUAGAACAACAUCAGCAGAGCCGUGUCGUCUGUUCAGAUGUUCACUACCACAUCACAUAGACUUCUGUUGGUGGAAAGGCCAGAUAUGGCCAGUAGAGGCAUGCAAAGGGGUUUGAGCUCUUGCACUCUCCCUCCGCCAAGAGACCUGGGACAGACUCCCCACCCUCCUAACCCUCUCCUGGCCUCAGUUCUAGAAUGGGUCAUUAUGCUUCAAGAUAUGUAAUGCCACCCAUGCAGGUCUUGGACUUGUCACCCUCUUGCCUCAACUCUCAGCUGGCACUGUGGGUGUGCAAUGCUGGGCCUGGCCCAGAGUUUGUAUAAUGACAUUCAGGCCCAGUGUUCCAUCAGCAGUUAUGUAAUAGGCGUAGACUAUCCAUUGGUGACUUGACUUACGGGGCUGGCAAAUGAAGCUUUAGAGUUUGACUCAUUUUAGGAAAUAAAAACAAAAACAGCUUCAGCAGGUUUUUUUUUUUUUUUUUUUUUUUUUUUUUUUUUUUUUUUCCGUAGGACAUUUCUCUACUGAAGUUUUUACUCUGGGUUUGCUCGAAUGCCAUACCUUCCAGGCAGACCUUAAGAACUCUGCCAUGAUGCUGCUGUAAGUAGGCAGUUUGCAGUAAUGCCUUUCCCACCUGUGGACCGAUACUAUGGGGCUCUGCUUGAACACCUUAAGAAAUCCUCAGGAAAUGAUGUAAGAAGACUGGGUUCCGGAGCCGGGACCUGGGGCAGCAACUAGGGGAGCUGGUCAGGGCUGCACUUUGCAGAUGCAUGGAAGGACUAAUCUGCCUGUUAGUAUUGAACUUCCUUUUGCUAGUGACAAAUAAAUCUAUAUUUUCGAGGU